UUAUACCCGGCUGGAUACGGCGACGGUUCAUUCUCAUCUGGAGAUUUCGUCACAGAAACCCUAACAUUUCAUUCGACAAAAAUUCCAAAUAUCGCCGUCGGCUGCGGCCACGAUAAUCAAGUUCUCUCCGCCGGCGAAUCCGGUGCCGCCGGAGUAUUAGGUCUCGGCGCCGGGGGUUUAUCAUUUCCAUCUCAAGCCGGUCCAACAAUCAAUCACAAAUUCUCAUACUGUUUAGUCGACCGUUCUUCUUCCUCUUCAAAACCCUCAUUUCUAAUCUUCGGAAAUUUCUCCAUUUCUCGAACCGCAAUUUUCACUCCUCUCCUCACAAACGAUAAACAAAAAUCAUUUUAUUACCUCGAUUUAAUCGGAUUCAGCGUCGAAGGCAAACGCGUUGCCGGAAUUUCACCUCAACUGUUCAAGUUAGAUUCUUCCGGCGACGGUGGCGUUAUCAUCGAUUCAGGUACGUUUGUGACUCGAUUAACUAAUAAAGCUUACGUUCAGUUUAGAAAUGCGUUUAGAUCUGCUACGUCCGAUUUGAAACCUGCAAGAAAAUAUUUAUUGUUUGAUACUUGUUUUGAUUUCUCUGGGAUGAAAUCGGUUAAUGCUCCAAAUGUUGUAUUGCAUUUUGCUAAUGCGAAUGUUUCUUUGCCGGCGGAGAAUUAUCUUAUUCCGGUUGAUUCCGCCGGGAAAUUUUGUUUUGCUUUCAUCGGCUCGCCGGGGAAGAUGUCGAUUAUUGGGAAUAUACAACAACAGGGUUUUCGGGUUGUGUUUGAUUUGAAGGGUUCACGGGUCGGGUUUUCUCCAGGUGGGUGUAAGUAA